UGAAAUUAUUUUUAAAAGCUAGGUAUGUAUAUUGAGAACAGUGAAACAAUUAUAACGAUCACAAGGGGCAAGUUACUGGGCGAGAAGCCUGUACCGUUGGCAUAGGCAGCAAGGUUCUUAAUUUUUGGCGCCACCAUAGCCUAGGUAGGCUGCGUGCAGGAAAUCGUACGUCUUACAGCGACAAGGCUGGCAAUUCGGUUUGUAACUUAGACUAAGCUGCUCAAAUAUAAAAAGAAAAAAUUUUCAUUCCUACCACAAUCAAUUCCCAAGGACCCUUCAGUGAGAUUUCAACGCGUGGAAGUAGAGCCUCGAGAAGCCAUGGCGGCCUUUGGCAGAUACGAGCCUAAUUACGAAGAUGAUGGAUUUUCGAGGGAACCGAAAACGCCCGGCGAAGUGGUGAUGUGGUUUGGGAAAUUCAAAGGCACGCAGUUGGAGAAGCUCGAUGACAACUACCGAUGGAAAAUCUACCGUAUGGGUCGAGAAAUACCAUCCAACAUGUUGAGAGAGUUCAGAGACGUACACGAUCGAUACACGGCUUGGCUAGACGAAACGCGGAGCCCGCUAUCAACUGAGGUCUGGUUCGGGCAGCACCGAGGCCACGAAUUGCGGGUCCUGUACGCCGCGCCGAGGAAAUGGAACUGGCUAGUCAAGAAUACCGUGUGGGGGCCCGAACUCGUCGGCAUCGAGAAGAGGUUCAUCGCUUGGAGGGCAAGACACCCAAAGAAACAACCUGCUUCUAGGGCACGACCUGUCAUCUUGAACCCGGUUGGAAGGAGGCUUGGACCUGCCGAUGAUAGGGUAGCAUCGGACAAUGAUGAGUCUUAUGAUAGCGACGAUGGGUUCGUCGUCAGUGAUAAUGAAAUGGACGACAGCGAUUGGGAUGAAGAUGAAUGGAAGGAUGACGAGGACAGUGAGGAUGUGGAAUACUUUACGGAUGGGGAAGUGUCGAACGAUGAAACAGCCACUCUCCAAGAUGAAGAGAUGGCUGAAGCUCCAUCUGACCGUGACUUUGAUUCGGAUUCAUCGAUCUCGCUGCCAUCCGUGGCCGAGAUCGCACGGCGAUCAGCAGCCAAGAAGACGCCGACCAAAUCCAGCCCGCCGUUGAAUAACCGCCAUCAUCCCUAUGCCAACUCGACCCCGAUCAGACCGAGGUCCACCCGCCAUAAGUACAUUGUCACCGACUCAGACGAUGAUGAAGACGACGACGAUAUGCCUAUUACCACGCCCUCUCAAAGCACGGGAAAGAUUCGAAAGACAUUUGACUUCACAGCCGACCCGGAAAUAACACCCAAGGCCAACUCGAGUCGUCGCGUUACCAGCAGACGAACAAAUCAAGAAGAUAGUCCGAGUCGAGGAUCAAAGAACCUUCAGUCAACUGUCAUCACCCUGUCGUCCGACUCAGAAGUAGAGGCGCCUUCUUCGUCUCUCAAGAUUCGCGGCCAGAAACUUCCUGUCCAUAUCACCGACACAGAGACGGCUGAUUCCGACGACGAGCCUCUGGUCCCCAAAUUGCGCAAGGAGUGGGUGACCAAAGCACGGCGGUGAAUGCGUCGUACUUUGUGGCGUAUUGGGUGGCAUGCCCAUUUCCUUUUUGGUGGCGUCGGGUUUCGGUGCUCUGAUAGAGUAUGGUGUUGC